AUGGAAAAUCUUACAAAAAACAUCAAUUCUUUUAUUAUUUUAGGAUUUUCCACUUCUCCUCCUAUUCAGAUCCUCUUAUUUUUAAUUUUUUUCUUCAUGUACAUUUUGACCAUUGUUGAAAACUUUCUUGUCAUCAUCAUCAUCUGGAAAAGCCCAAAGCUCCACAAACCGAUGUACUUCUUUCUGGGUAACUUGUCCUUCCUGGAGAGCUGGUAUGUAACAGUCACUGUGCCCAAACUACUUUCCAUAUGUCUGACAGCUAAUAGGGGGAUUUCAUAUACUGGCUGCAUGUCUCAGCUUUUCUUCUUCCUUUACUUGGGCUGUACUGAGUGUGUGUUAUUAACUGUUAUGGCAUAUGAUCGAUAUGUAGCUAUCUGCAAUCCUUUACAUUAUGUCACUAUAAUGAAUCAGCGUUUUUGCUUAGUUCUGGCAGUUGGCACCUGGCUCAUUGGCUUCACCAUAUCUUUUAUAAAGAUGUAUUAUAUCUCCCAGCUCACUUUUUGUUAUUCAAACCAUGUGAAUCACUUUUAUUGUGAUGUGUCUCCUAUACUCAAUCUUGCCUGCACGGGUAUGAAGGUAACUGAAGUUGUGGAUUUCAUCCUUGCAUUAAUUAUCCUCCUAGUACCACUCCUGCUUACGUUUUUGUCGUAUUUGUGCAUUUUGACUACAAUCCUUAAAAUCCCACAUUCCAGUGGGCGUAAAAAGGCUUUUUCUACAUGUGCCUCUCAUUUGGUUGUUGUGAUCAUACUCUAUUCUACCACAUUGUUCAUGUAUGCAAGGCCAAGCAAGGCUCAAUCUGUUAAUUCUAACAAACUAGUGUCUGUUGUCUACACAGUGGUAACGCCAUUUCUCAAUCCGAUCAUCUACUGCCUAAGGAACAAGGAAGUGAAGGAUGCUAUCUGUAAACUUGUCUAUAGAAACUGA